AUGUUCAAGAAAUUUAAUGAAAAAGAGAAUGUGUCCAACUGUAUCCAGUUGAAAACUUCAGUCAUGAAGAAUAUUAAGAACCAAUUGAUAGAGCAAUUCUCAGGUAUUGAACCAUGGCUUAAUCAAAUCAUGCCUAAGAAAGAUCCAGUGAAAAUAAUAAGAUGCCACGAACAUAUAGAAAUCCUUACAGUGAAUGGAGAGUUACUCUUUUUCAGGCAGCGAGAAGGACCUUUUUAUCCAACCCUAAGGUUACUUCACAAAUAUCCCUUUAUAUUGCCACAUCAGCAAGUUGAUAAAGGAGCCAUCAAAUUUGUCCUCAGCGGAGCAAGUAUCAUGUGUCCAGGCUUAACGUCUCCUGGAGCCAAGCUCUACCCUGCUGCAGUGGAUACCAUUGUUGCAGUAAUGGCAGAAGGCAAACAGCACGCUCUGUGUGUGGGAGUCAUGAAGAUGAACGCAGAGGACAUUGAGAAAGUCAACAAAGGAAUUGGCAUAGAGAAUAUCCAUUAUUUAAAUGAUGGGCUGUGGCAUAUGAAAACAUAUAAAUGAUCCU